GACUGAGCAAAUGCUCAAGUGGUUUGGGGAAGGAGAACUUAGAGAGUUUUUUAUGCUCAGCAAGUACCCCAAGGGAGAGGUUUCCUGCAGAUUUCUCACAGGGAAGGUAAAGAAGCUCUUCUCUGAUGUGUCUGGUUACACUACUUGGAAAAGGAAGCUGCUGAGCUGCUUCUUGGAUUUGCAAAUCCAAGGCAUUCAAGAGGCAGCUGGACAGUCACCUGUUUGAAAUGAACCUAAAGUUCAGAUCCCUGUUUCCUGUGCUAUGGCUCUUGGUACUUAGCUCCAGCAGGAUUCAAGCUCGGAAGAAUGAAGACAGCAAUGAGUUCCCAGAAGAUUCCUCAGAACUACUUGAUCCAGAACGUAAUUCUUUGGCUCCAGAUUGUCCUAAAAAGUGCAGUUGCAACCCAGAAGGGAUUGUGGAUUGUGGAGGAUUUUCGCUGAAAGAAUUCCCCAUAGAUGUACCAGAGACGACAAGCCACCUUUCCUUACAGAACAACCAGAUAGAAGAAAUCUUUCCGGAAGAGCUGGCCCGUCUUUAUAGGCUAGAAACACUCAACUUGCAAAACAACAGACUCACUUCCAAAGGACUUCCAGAGGAAGUUUUUGAUCAGCUUGAGAACUUGAAUUAUCUGUAUCUUGCCAAUAAUCAGCUCAUGGUGGCUCCAAAAUUCCUCCCAAGGACCUUGAUCAGCGCAGAUUUUGCAGCCAAUAAUCUCACUAAGAUUUAUGAGCUCACGUUUGGACAGAAGCCAAACCUGAGGUCGGUGUAUCUUCACAACAAUAAACUUGAAGAUGCUGGGUUACCAGAGAGCAUGUUCAAUGGUUCUGACAACGUGGAGGUCUUGAUCAUGUCCAGCAAUUUCUUAAAAUAUGUUCCAAGGAAUCUACCACCAGCACUUUAUAAGCUGCACUUAAAGAAUAACAAAUUGGAGAAGAUUCCCAAAGGAGCUUUCAGUGAGCUCUCAGGGCUCCGAGAGCUGUAUUUGCAGAACAACAAACUGACAAAUGAGGGCAUGGACAAUGAAACCUUCUGGAAACUCUCGAGCCUUGAGUACCUGGAUUUGUCCAGCAAUAAUCUUUCUCAAAUCCCAAGUGGCUUACCUCGAAACAUCGUCCUACUUCAUCUAGAGAAGAAUGCAAUUAAAUCCAUUGGCAGGGAUGUCUUGACUCAGAUCAGGAACCUGGAAUACCUUCUGCUUCAUAAUAACAAACUAAAGGCACGUGGGAUCCAUCCUCUGGCUUUCCAGGGCCUGAAGAAGUUGCACACAGUCCAUUUGUACAACAACCAGCUGGAAAAGAUCCCCAAUGGGCUACCCAGACGGGUGAAAACUCUUAUGAUUCUUCACAACCAGAUCUCAGAAAUUAGCAGGAACGAUUUUGCUACUACUUAUUUUAUGGAGGAACUAAACCUGAGUUACAAUAAGAUCACCAGCUCACAGAUUCAUCGGGAGGCUUUCCGAAAGCUGAGGCUACUGAAGUCGUUGGAUGUUUCAGGCAAUAAUCUCCACACCAUGCCUUAUGGCUUCCCAAAGAACCUGCAAAGCCUGAAGCUGAAAGUGAAUGAUAUCAGCUCCAUUCCCAGGGGCACAUUAUCUGGGAUGUCAAAGCUCCAAGAGCUUUAUCUGAGCAACAACAAACUGAAAGUCAGUUCUAUUUUCAGUGGAUCAUGGAGGGAUCUCACCAGUCUCAAGACAUUGGACAUGGCUGGCAAUCAGCUGACUUCUGUUCCAUCUGAUUUGCCUGAAGCUCUGGAGUAUUUGUACCUCCAGAACAACAAAAUCACCACAGUGCCAGAGGAUGCCUUUGAAUCCACACCCAACAUAAAGGGAAUUUAUCUCAGGUUUAAUAAGAUUGCAUUCAGUGCAGUAAAAGAAAGCACAUUCCAAAGACUGAAACAUCUACAAGUGCUGGACAUUGAAGGAAACUUUGAAUUCAGUGACCCUUUGAAGAAUGGUGACCUUUCAGAUGAGGAAAUGGAAGAGGAGGAAGAAGAGGAAGAACAGGAGGUGGAGGAAUAAUGAACCUUGACUGAACCAAGCAUAUCACAUGGAACUCCUUCAGCAAAGCAGCCUGCAUCCCUGUGUUUAUAUAUCUAUACAUAUCUAUAUCCUUCUAUAGAUAUACAGAGAACACUUAGCAAACAGUGCAACAAAUUUCAUGCAAGUGGUUGGCUCAUGUGAUGCUUGGCCAGGCCAGUUGAAGACAGUCUGCUAAUAUUGGUGGGGGGAGUCCCCCAAGUGUCCACCUUUUCCAAGUACUUUCUGGAUCAUCAAAGAUUUGGGGGGAAUUUGCAAAAGCUGGCUUUUGUUCCCCUUCUUUCACUUCUCUCACAGUGUUCAUAUGGGAAAAAAAGUAAGACUCUUUAGAGCAAAUGCCCCAGAACAGUGUUCUGUGUCGCUGCAUUCCAAUGAAUCGCUGUGCUCAGUGAUGAGAGAAGGGAGAGCAUCCUGUGUGGUUUCGUUUUGUAGAACAACGUGAAGCAUCUCAGAACCAUCAAAUGACAAUAAGACUGACUCACCACACUGGAUAACUCUGUCCCUUUUUUGGUUCAGUUCCUUAUGUAUAUUUGGAUUAAGAAAGAAAUCCUAUUACGGCUGGAUCCCAUAUAUAAUUUAUCCCCAUUCCCAAAGCCUGCAAUAUGCAUCCACCUUUAUAAAGGUUUGAAAUAGCAGAUUAUUCUGUUUUGUGGAAAUAAAAAUAUAUUUUGCCUUUGA